AUGUCAAAUCCUACUCCAUUUAAUUAUUUUCUUCAAUAUCCUCAACUUCACCUCAUUUUAGAAUGGGUUAGCCCCUUCUUCGACCUUCAUCACAUUCGUAACCUCCCAUCUCUUCAUCCCGUUCUGCCGUUCGUAGGCUUGUCCCGCCUGACGCCGUACACUCAUCUUAUUCUGCCAUUCGGAGCCUUCAUCUUGUUCGCUCUCUCAACUCUCGAGAUUUUUGUCCUGCCGUCAAUUAGGGUUCCAAUCGAAGCUAGGGUUCCAAUUCUCGCCCUAACGAGGGUCUUAAAUGAAACUGGAAGAGGUGAAGGGAAAGAAAAAGCAAUUGAGUUUGAGAAAGAGGUUGGUGAAGAUGUUAACAUGGAUGAUGUUGAUGAUUUUUUUUUUUUGGAAGAAGAGAAUCAACAAAGGGCAUCUAGUAAAGAUGAACUGGAGAGGUACCUGGAAGAAUUAUCGGAAAAAUACCGGGUUGAUUUUGACAUUUUGGCAUGGUGGAAAGUUAAUUCAGUGAGGUAUCCAAACUUAAGUUGUGUCGCUAGAGAUGUUUUGGCCAUUCAAUCGUCGACCGUUGCUUCUGAAUCUGCGUUUAGCACCGGUGGUAGAACUUUGGAUCGUUUUAGGAGUUCUUUAACUCCUACUACAGCUGAGGUGCUUAUAUGCUGCCAAGAUUGGUUACGAAAUACCAAGACACCAAACGGAGUCGAAGAAAUCAUAGAAGAUCUUGAAAUCCUGGAGAUGGGUAUGUAA